GGGUAUACGUGACGUUGACGUUUUUGCAGUAGACCGACGUUAGCAUAAUGAAUGUAUAGUUUCUGAUCUUAUACCGAAAAUGAAUAAAGCUAUAGAGAUCUCAGAAUAUGAACUCGAGAUACAAAAAAAUAUUGAGGAAAGGAAAAAAAUGUUUGAAAUGCUUCAAUUGAACAGUGCCAAACAGGCAUUGGUCGAUGUAACGGUCAAAGUCAAACCGGUUAAAACCUCCAAACGUAAUUUGGAAAUCGAUAGUUUUUCUGACAGCGCAAGAAAGUUGCCCAAUAAAGGAAAGAGUACUCAAUUCGGUGUGAAGAAACAUUGGUAUGAGUUGAGUAUAAUGAUGUUUUACAAAUUUUCCGAAGAAACCAAAAAAGUCCAACCUCAUGGCAAACAAGAUGUAAUUGGUUCAUGCAUAUUUUGUGGAAAAGAAAUUACAGGUCAGAUCAUUUUGAUUAGGAAUUGGAAAAAUCACCUUCAGAAUUGUCAUCAAGACAUUCCAGAAUGGAAAGAAUACAUUAAAAAAACUCUAGAAAUAAAGGAGCAGAGAAGGAGAAACUCAUCUGGUUUGGUACCUUCAUCUUUUAUGUCAAUGCAGAAACAAAGAGUACAACAUACACUGGGAUCCCAUACAUUAUCCCCACAGCCUCUACUUAGGAUGUCCACCACCCACUGUUUAAAAGAAGUAAGAGAUAUGACGUCAAGUCCUUCUCUUCAGGAAUCUUUUAAGCAAAGAAAGACAUCACCCCUUCUGUCCUUAGCCCUUAAAGAAGAGUCUGUUGCCUUUUCCCGACCGGAUUCUACUAUAUCUGAAUGCUGCAUGAUAGAAGAGACUGUUUUGCCGAACGUCAAGUCCGACUCGUCGUCAAUUCAUCGCACAAUACAGACUCGUGGACAAAGUAAAAGACUUGGAGCCCUUCAAGUUUCGAAGACUGGCCACUUGUUCAGUUGAACUGUUUAUUUAUUGAGGAACUUUUUGAGUAGUACGCUAUGAACGUACUCCAUGGAUGGUCAAACGCCGCAAGAUGAAAGUUUUCAUUAAUUUUUUACGUAGGCCCCCCCGUCCCAGAUUUUACCGUUAAAGGCAGCGCCCACUUUGUUUUUUCUUAUAAGGAAUUAAAACAUAAACUGUGCCAUAUUAAGUAGUGCUUUAACUGAUUUGUUCUUUCAGAAAAGUUCCGCUCCAAUUCGGAUGAUUGUACCACUCUUUAUUCAUAUCGUAGCAUAUAUUUGUGUGUAUCUUAGUGUGACUGUAUCAAAGGAUGAUGGGCAAACACGGUUAAUCUGUAGAAUGACAAGUUGUGCGCAAAAGAUUCUGGCCAUCCCCAAAUUAAUUCACUCUUUCAAUAAUUGUCACUUGGUGAGGAGAUAAUCAUUUAUUGUUAUAAACCUUUCCAUGGAGCUCAUAGGUUCCGAAAUCGA